GACAGCUGCAGGACGAGCGCAGCCAUGGCAAGGACUCCAGCAUCGCGCAAGAUUGGUCGCGUGCUGGCGCUGCUGGCAUUGUUUUGGGCGGGUCAGCAAGCCGUGCAAACAGUGCGGGCUGCUGUUGGAGUCCGGGCCGUGCCCUUUGCAAGGCCUCCUGCGGGCGCGUGGGCGCGUAAGCCGCUCAUUGCACGCGGAGCCGCGAGCAAGGCUGAUGGCCAACCUGAUGAAGUUGACGACAACGAAGAUGAUGAGGUGAGCAAGCUGGCCAAAGAACACGAUGCGGUUCAGAGCUACGACGCAAAGAAGGUGAUUCGAUGGGUCAAAGAAUCCGUGCGUAUCACUGAUCGCGAGGAAAUCACAAAGCUUAAAGCGCAAAAGUAUGCUGGGUCAUUCCUGCUGGAGAAGAGCAGCGCGGCAGACUUGGAAGCAAAGCUCAAAUUGUCAGACGGGCCAAAAGACAUCUUGAUAGAGCGCAUCAAGAAGCUGAAAGCGGCCGCCGCCAUCAGAGAUGCCAAGCGGAAGCUUGACAAUGCAGGCGCUGAUGAGGAUCGGAUCGCGAUGGUCGGUGCCAUGCUGUCGGCGCUGGUCGAGAUGGAUGCAGUGGAUGUGAUGAGAUCAGCUCUGGAGGUUCCAGUUGUCCAAUCGGUGUUGAAGGCAGCGCUGGACGUGUCCAAGGACGACGUGGGCAGCUACGGGCCAAAGAAAGUAGCUGCAUGGAUUGCAGCAAAGCUGGUUUCUGCCCAGUACGACGAUUCUGAUAUCCAACAGGCACUUCGGAAGCUGGCCGGGAUGAAUGGUAACCAGGUGCUCACAGUCACGCAAGAUCAGCUCAAGGAAAACUACAAGCUAGAGGUUGCGAAGGCUGAGUUCCUGGUCGACGCAGUUCAAGGCUUAAACGACCCUUCGGCCUGGCCGAAGAUACUCAAGCCAAGCAUCAUCAUCGAGGAAGGAGUUGGCUUGGAAGAUGCAGCAAGAGGGCCAUGCCUGUGCUGGUUUGUCAGAGUGUGUGA